CUCUCUCUCCGUCUCCAUGGUAACAAGGAAGCGUCAUGAAGGACGAGUCCAUUCCGGUGUCGUCGGGGGCGCGCCCUUCACAGAAACACAACACAUCUCGUUCGCGCCAGAAUUAAACGUUAAUCUGAUAACUCCCGAGUUUUCCCGUGUAUUUAUGACGGUGUGAGUUCACGGAGCCGUGUGUCGUGUGUGUGAAGCGCUUUCCCGCCGCGGAGCUGAUGAAGGAGUGUGUUGGUCCGCCCCCCAAAAAAAAGAUGGCGGCGAGCGGAUCGUGAUCAGAUUAUCCCGCUGCUCUUAAAUCUCCGGUUCUCGGUGUUUAACGGUCGAGUUCGGUUCGUGAGCGUGUUCGUGAUCCGUGAGGGAUGUCGGACUCUGAGGAGGAGAUCCAGGAGAAGCAGCUGAAGAUCGUGCUGCUGGGAGACGGAGCGUCGGGAAAGACUUCUCUGGCCAUCCGCUUUGCACAAGAGGCUUUUGGGAAACAGUAUAAACAAACGAUAGGGCUGGACUUCUUCCUCAAGAGAAUCACCCUGCCAGGAAACCUGAACGUGACGCUGCAGGUGUGGGACAUCGGAGGACAGACUAUCGGAGGAAAGAUGCUCGACAAAUACAUCUACGGAGCACAGGGUGUGCUCCUGGUGUAUGACAUCACUAAUUCUCAGAGUUUUGAGAAUCUUGAAGAUUGGCUGAACAUGGUGAGAAAAGCCAACGAGGAGUCAGACGCACAACCAGCAAUAUCACUGAUCGGGAACAAGAUUGAUCUGGAGCACAUGAGGACAGUGAAGAUGGAGAAACAUCAGCGAUUCUGUCAGGAAAACGGGCUCAUCAGUCAGUUUGUGUCUGCGAAGACGGGAGACUCUGUGUUUCUCUGCUUCCAGAGGCUGGCGGCUGAGAUCUUAGGCAUAAAGCUGAAUAAAGCUGAGAUGGAGCAGUCGCAGCACGUGGUUAAAGCAGAUAUAGUGAACUACAGUCAGGAGUCUGUGGCCCGAGCCGUGAAUCCUCCACGCAGCUCCAUGUGUGUCCUUCAGUGAGAGACUGAGAGCGUCACGGACACCUUCUGCUUCAUCCCUCGCUCAUUUGCCAAUUAGAUUGUUGUCAUGUAAACUCUUUAAUGUGUGUGAGUACCAGAGCUUCAUCCUGUGAAUGUGUGCUUGUGUGAGACGCAUCUUUAUAGAGGACUGUAGAGACCUCACAUCUGAGAGAAAUCCCUCGCAGCGACGGAGAACUGACUUCCUCCGGUCAGAGGUCAGAGCAGACGUGUGUGUGUGUGUGUGUGUGUGUGUGUGUGUGUGUGUGUCUGUGUGUGUGUGUGUGUGUGUGUGUGUGUGUGUGUGUGUGUGUGUGUGUGUGUGUGUGUGUGUGUGUGUGUGUGU